GUCAAACAGUUACGUUGAUUAAUUUACACACGACGACAGUACAAUAUUGUGUAAUGUUUUGAAGGAAACAAUUAGAUUUGUUAAAAAUGGGAAAGAAAACUAAAGGGCAAAAUUUAGGAAAAUCCUUAAUCAGGGAUCGUUUUUCCUCUACGACCGCGAGAAAAUUUCGUGGUGAUGUAUCGAAGCUACAUUCGGAAAAUGUUAACGAUGGAUACGAUUGGGCCUGUCUCAAUCUUCAAUCUGUCACGGAGGAAAGUUCCUUCGAAGAAUUCCUUUCUACCGCUGAUCUUGCCGGAACGGAAUUCAAUGCGGAAAAGUUAAAUAUCAAAUUUGUUAAUUUACAUGGUUUACCAGGUUUAUUGACCAAAGAUGAGAAGAAAAAGGUUUUGGAAGCACACGAAAAGAAUAAAGGAUAUCUUAAAAUACCGAGAAGACCCAAAUGGGAUAGUUCUACUACAGGAGAAGAUUUACAAGCUACGGAGAAAGAAGAAUUUUUAGAAUGGAGACGUGGAUUAGCUAUUUUACAAGAGUCUGAAGGUCUUAUACUUACGCCUUAUGAAAAAAAUUUAGAAUUUUGGCGACAAUUAUGGAGAGUAGUAGAACGUAGCGAUAUUAUUGUUCAAAUUGUCGAUGGAAGAAAUCCUUUAUUAUUCCGUUGUGAAGAUUUGGAAAAUUACGUUAAAGAAAUUGAUUCGAAAAAAAUGAAUUUAAUACUUAUCAAUAAGGCAGACUUUUUAAACGAUCGUCAAAGGCAAUCAUGGGCGGAAUAUUUUACAAGUAUUAAUGUACGAAUUGCUUUUUUUUCUGCUAAAUUAGCUGCAGAAGAGGAGAAAAUUGAGGAAGAAUCGGAUGAGAAUGUUGAAGAUGAGAAAAUUGAGGAAGAAUCGGAUGAGAAUGUUGAAGAUGAGAAAAUUGAGGAAGAAUCGGAUGAGAAUGUUGAAGAUGAGAAAACUGAGGAAGAAUCGGAUGAGAAUGUUGAAGAUUCUGUUGAUGAGCAGAAAAAUGAUUAUAGUGAUCAGGAUCGUAUAAGUAAUGAUGAAAAUAAUGAAAGUAAGGAAGAGUCAUUAGAUAAUCAGUCAAUAGAAAAUAAAGAAAUACAAUGUAGAGAUAAUAAAAUGUCUGAACUUGGGGAAAAUAUAUCAUCAAUUAAUAAUUCAUCAGAAUUAUUAACCAGGGAUAAAUUGAUAUUAUUAUUUAGGUCAAUAUAUAAAGAAAAAACAUAUAUGGAAGGGGUUACAACGAUUGGUAUGGUAGGAUAUCCUAAUGUUGGUAAAAGUUCUACGAUUAAUGCAUUAUUACAAUACAAAAAAGUCUCAGUAUCAGCUACGCCAGGGAAAACGAAGCAUUUUCAAACUCUCUUUUUGGAUAAAGAUUUACUUUUAUGCGAUUGUCCUGGUUUAGUGAUGCCAUCGUUCGUUUGUACUAAAGCUGAUAUGAUUUUAAAUGGGAUAUUACCGAUAGAUCAAAUGAGAGAUCAUGUUCCACCAGUUACGUUACUUGGUACAUUAAUACCUAAAUAUGUAAUAGAAGAUAUGUAUGGUAUUAUGUUACCUGUACCGGCGGAAGGAGAAGAUCCAGAUAGAUCACCAACUGCGGAAGAAAUUUUAAAUGCAUAUGGAUAUAAUAGAGGUUUUAUGACACAAAAUGGACAACCAGAUAAUCCACGAACUGCUCGUUAUGUUUUAAAAGAUUUUGUAAAUGGCAAAUUGUUAUAUUGUGUUGCCCCACCAACACAAAAUCAAAAUGAAUUUCAUCAAUUUCCAGAACCGCGAAGAAUUAAAAAAGAAAAUACACAUAUACCUCCUAGAAUGGUUCGUGCAAUAGGGGGAAGGAGAGUUAUGUCUGAAGAAUUAGAUAAAAAAUUUUUAAAACAAGUAUGUAGUGGCGUUCAUGCCAGAGGUGUUCUUGGAAAAUCAUCUGGUGUACCAAAUGUCCACAAUCAUAAUGGUGUGGAGUCUAUAGCUGGUUCAAUGCAAAGCCUUUGUAUCGAGGAAAAGCCAUGGAAAAAAAUUAAUAAACAUUGCAAUAAAAAGAAACGGGAAAAGGCUAGAAGAUUAUACGGUCAUCUUGAUCAACAUUAAUUUGGAAAACUAUGAUUUUUCACAAAUUAUGAUUAUUUCUAAAUAUAAGAACAUAUUAUAUUGCGAAAGAUUAAUUUUGUAACAUACGAGUUACUGAAUUAAAAAAAAAAUGACCAUUCAUUUUUCACAUAAUAAAAAAAAUUAAAUUGAAUUUGUCUGUAUAAUACGUACAAUCAUAUAUAUGAGUGUGUGUAUGUGUGGUGUGUAUACAUGCAUACAUAUAUACAUUCAUGUAUAAUUAUAAUAAAGUUAAAAUAUUUUAUGUUUUCAUAACCUUUA